AUGGAGACCCGAUAUUACCUGGUGGACAGAGGAGCAGAUCAACGAGAAUCUCCCUCUUGGAGUCGUACCCUCAUAGCUUUGGCCAUCACUUUUGUAGCGGUGGCUACGAUUGCAUUUCUUCUGCGACUAUACAGCCGAUCUAAGACCACCUGGAAGCCGGCCCUUGAGGAUGCUUUUUUGGGCAUAGGGCUGCUUUUCUCUUACCUGCUUAGCGCAUGCGUAUUUUGGCUUGGACAGAAGUUUUGGGUUCUAGCCCAUGUCUUCGUGAAGAUUUCUAUAAUCUUACUGAUCCGCCGGUUGCUAUGUAUUGUUGAAUCUUGGCAGACGAUUACUGCCGGGUUGGUGAUCUUCACAGUAGCAUGGGGCAUCACAAAUAUCGUCGGUAACACCUUGCAAUGUUUGCCUCCUCGUUAUUUUUGGGAUAGGUAUAUCGACGGACAUUGUCCUGAUAACCAAGAGGCUUUUUCUAUUGUUAUGGGAUCCCUAGCUCUUGCAGAGGAUCUGGUGCUUCUCAUUAUACCGAUCACAACCGUGUGGCGGAUGAAGCUUGUGCGGAGUGAGAAGAUUCGCAUUACAAUGCUAUUUGCAUUGGGGGCUGUGUAG